AUGAAUGCCAACAUGUCCACUAUUGCACCUCUCACCUUCAUUGCUUCACAAUUUGAAAUGGUUCCUCCUGCAAGGUAUUAUGCCUUUUCGUAUCGCAUUUUGGGAACCAUUGCAGCAAGUCUUGUUCUCGCAGUUGGAAUAACAGGAAACAUUCUUGUUAUAACCGUCACUAUGUGGUCUUCCAAAAUGCGGAGUCCUACAAAUUGCUAUUUAGUGUCUCUAUCAUUCAGCGAUUUGCUUUUUCUUUUACAUGCUGCCGCCCCCUUAAUUUUUGAACUCUAUGUCAUGAUAAACCAAUGGACUUUUGGAGAUUUGGCCUGUCGAAUAAUGAUAGCAAUGCAAUACUUAUCUGUGGAUGCGUCUAUUCUCUCCAUGGCCGCAUUUUCAGUUGAACGAUGGGUUGCUAUCUGCCAUCCGAUGCGAGCACAAACUCUCUGUACAGUUAAUAGAGCUCUUAAGAUAAUAGCGGGCAUAUGGAUAUUCUCUGCAGCCUAUAAUUCGGUUUGGCUAUUCACUGUUACUACUGAGAUCAGAUACUAUCUACAAGGGACUUAUACCACGUGCACCUAUAAAUAUGCGCGUGGUCGUUACCUCAUUGUAUAUCUUCUUGAUCUAAUACUGUUUUACGCCAUUCCACUAUGUCUUAUCUUCCCCAUGUAUAUACAGAUAACUUCACGCUUAUUUACCUUCCACAAAUCGCUCUGGUUCAAUCCGAUGAAAAAGAAGUUGGAUGGUGAAAGAGGAACUGGAGCUGCAAGUUUGCCGAGACGGGCGAAUUCUGUCUCGAGAGGUUAUGCGAACGAGCCCGCAGGUCAGGGCGGCAUGAGUCGUGCAGGCAGUCGGCAAGUUCGUUCAAGGAAACAAGUUGUCAAAAUGCUCAUGACAGUGGUCUUUCUUUUUGCAAUUUUCUGGUUGCCAUAUCGAUCACUUGUUGUCUAUAACAGCUUUGUGACAAUAAGAAAGCCGGAUUACUGGUUGUAUCUUUUUGCCAAAACAAUGGCCUUUCUCAAUUCCACGGUUAAUCCUAUUCUCUAUAAUGCAAUGUCCAAGAAAUUCCGCAGAGCAUUUCGACUUCUGAUUACUCAAGAAUUUCAUGAAGUUCGUUCCCUUGCAGUGCCCUGCUUUGGGAAACAACGACGGUUAAAUAGCGUCUUGGGCAGUCGACGAACGGAAUGCAUGCGUUCUCGGGAUUAUCUGCGACAAAUUCAACUGCGAAGACAUGUGCUAUCUGAGAACGUCAUGAAUGAAACUCAAAACAUUGAAAUGCAUUUGAUUGAAGGCCAAGAGAAGUAUGGAUCACCAAAAAAGGAAAAUUCAUAA